AAGGUGUGGAUUUUACCUUGCACUCGAUACGUUUUCAGGCCCGUUUUGCCGUUUUCAUACCCUCUUUUCCAACCUAUUAUCACUAACCAUACAGUAUACGGCUCUAUUAUGUAGCACAUGUGUAUUUACCGUGUCGUUGCCAUGUAGUAAUUUGAGCAAAUGUAAAAAAAGAAAAUACAACAAAAAUAAACAAGAAAACUAGACAGCGAGCGAUACGCAGAACUUUAGCAAGAAGAAAUAUUAGCGUCAAUUAAAUAAGGAAAAGGGUGCAUUUGAUAGCCACAACGAAGGCCCUAAGAUAAUCCCGAAGUGAAAACACUCAGAGCAGUGUAUUUUUGUUUUGGCCCACGGCCCCCCAAAAAGGUGGAGCAGGAGUUCGCAAAAACGGACAAUAAUGGCCACGCUAGUAAAGCCUAAAAAAGUGAAAACGAAAAAGCCUCAACGCGAGAACCAGCAACAAAGGCUGCAAGAGGAAGACGAAUGUGACGACGAGUUAUCAACAAGUAGCGUAGCUGCACCAGAACAAAGGCCGGCAGAAAAUGCUUCUCUCUUGGAAGAGUUUGAGCGCGUCGCGGCGUUGGCCAGCAGCAGCGGCAGCGGGGCCGAGACCAUCAUUAGUCACGACUGCUGCAUUUCCAGCGAUAUAUUGGAGUUGCCGACAGAGCCAGAACCCGAACCCGAACUCGAACCGGAAGCGCAGCUGGAACCGAGUGCACCCAGUGCCCCACCCUUUAGCAGCGCCAAAAUCGUGCAGUACCCGAAUCUGCAGCCUAUGAAACUGUCCAAUGCCAAGAUCGAAGAGCAUUCAUCAAAGAUUGUGUUUCGCCAGGCCGAUUGCCAGCCAUCGGGAUUUGCCCUAGUGCGCAGUAAUCUGAAGCCACUGGACGCCGAGCAGUUGCGGCAAAUCUACGACUGCCCGGAUAUGGAGCUGGCCAAGCAGUUUGAAUUGGAAUUUCUCAUGAACUCGCUGCUGGAGACCAGUGAAACUGAUCCCCUCUAUGCGGCCCUGCUGGAGUACUUUAACCUGCAGAGCAAACUAACCUCGAAUCUACACGAUGUGGAGAAGCUGCGAAAAUCCUGUGUUGAAGCGCAGGAGCAGAUUUGGGCGCGAGAGCCGGUAAAUCGCACGUUUCGCGCUACUUGCGGUGAUGGCAACGCUGUGCAGGAGACCAUUACCUACGAAAUCAUAAAAGUUGACCAAAUCAAGUUGGAGCUGACGAAGACUGUCUUUACGGCCCUCUACGACUUGGUUUCGCACACCUACACGAACAAUCUGAUCACAGCGAAGAUAACCAAAGUGAAGAUCGAUCAGAUGAUCAAUUCUCUGCUCUCGUAUCCCCAUGUAGAUGCCCAGGCAGCCAUUUCAUUGAACUCUCAAGUGAAUGCGGCGGCUCUCCAGUUUGUGGGGCAGAUGCGAUGUGCCAUCUCCAUUCUGUUUAGCUUUGUGCGGCGACCGAGUCCAAAUGUGAACUUUGAAAAGGAUUUGAAGACGUGGCUGCGCAAGCUGAUUGCCCUACAGCUGCUGCUGGCCACCAAGGAGGAUCACUGGUUCCUGCUGUUCAACAUACUCCGAUGCCCCAAUGGCGUGGGCACGUGGGCAGCCCAGUUUCUGCAGUUGCCAGGCAUGAGGCGGCAGGCAGCAAUCCGUGGCAGUCAACAGAAUGAGUUGCCCUUGGGUCUGACCUCGCCGGAACUGAAUCACUGCAUGGCGGUGCUGCAGAUCCUCUUGAUGCCCGUGAAACGCCGCAAUGAGUAUCUAAAGAGUCAGGCCCAAGCGCACCGAGAGCUGUCUGAGUCGGCGGCAGCCGCGGACUGCUGGACGGUUGUCGACUCGGAUGGCGAGGACACGCAUACAUCCACCGGCGAGUGCAUCGGUCUUAAGGAGAGUGAUCUGAUAGCGCUGCUGAACCAACUGCCGUUCGAGAAAAUCUUUACAUCGGCUAUGGGAAUUGAAAAGUUUCUGGACGACUACAUCAUCGAGCCGGACAUAAUAACAGGCCAGCAAAUGCUCUCGGCUGUGGUUUUCCUUUCCCAAUUAGUGAAGACCCUGGGCGAGGGCAUGCUCACCUACAACAACGAAAGAUACAAGCAGCUGGCCAAGCGACUGGGUCGCCUGGUGCGCCACUCGCUCCAGUAUGUCUUUGACUAUCACGAGCUUUUUCAACACAACAACCUGAGCAAAUCUUCGGAGCUGUUCGAACGGAUUCAGGUGGAGCUGCAGGCAUUGCUUCUUCGAGCAUGCGGCUACAUUUAUCGCACCCGCAAUCUGGGCACUUGGCAGUACUUUUCGACGCUGCCGUUCGGCACCCUCGAUGCGGAGAUCAUUUGGCACCUUUUCUACUAUCUGAAUGUGGGCUUUCCCACGGAUCUGACCGAUUUGGUUGGCAAUGCGGAGGCCGCCUUCCAGUCUGACGACUUUUGGGUCAAGUUCGAUGCGGCCAAUGCGGAUGUGGCGCCCGAGGAUAUGUACUACCUGUUGCAGACCUUCUUUGAGAUGGCCAACGACCGUAACCGUUUGAAGGAUUUCAGUCUCAUCAAGGCGAUUUGUCUGCACAUCUUCCACAUUGGAUAUAUCCAUCGACCGACCAGAGAGAUCUGCUAUAAGACAGCCCGGGACAUGCUGUCCAACCUCAUGCAAGAAGACCUCCUCGGCUGCUUCCUUGUCCAGCUGAAGGUUCGUUACGCGGAGGUCGACCAGGCGGCCUAUUUGUUCAAGGCCCUGCCCUUGGAUGCCUGGCGACCCUGCAUGGACAGCUUCGAGGUGCUCUCCAACUGGCUGCUGCACUACGACUACCAGUCGUCGGAGAGCCAUCUGUCGCGCCUGAUCAUCAGCCACCUCAACUGGAGCUUCGAUGGGGAGGGUCGCCUCUUCCUGCCCCACAACAUUCACGUGCGCAUGGCAUAUCUGGUAAACGAGGCCCUCAACAAGUACGCCCCGGAGGUGAUUGGCGCGUCGGGCAUUUCGGAGAGCGUUCGUCAAGUGUCGUCCCUUAUUGACUCGACGCAAUCAAGCCGGGAGCAGUUCACCAACUGGUGCUGGCGCAUGAUAUCCGUGCUGCGUCUCCAUCUGAUGGACCAAGACGUAGAGUCGGUGAAGCGAACACUGCUGCAUCCUACCGAGCAGCUGCUCUUCAUACCCGGUUUGGAGAACAUGGAAAUGAUCUACCAGGGCGUGGCCGAGCACCGGCCCUUGGCCCUUUAUGCGGGAAUGCUUGUCAGUCUGCACGGCCAUUCUAUACCGGUGAUCUGCCAGCAUGGCUUCGAUUUGCUCCAGCAGCUGCUCCUGGAUCAUCGUCAUGCGGUUACCAUACGCUGUCUGGAAUUGAUUGUGCCGCUGUUUCUGGAGACCCCCGAGACACUGGCACACUGUGAUAGCUUCCAGCGGCUGCUGCUGACUCUACUCAAUGCAGACAGGACCUAUCUAAAGCUGGCCAAGGACAUGGUCUAUGCCAAUUCAAUUGGUCCCAUACUGGAGCUGCUCGAUAACAUGCUGCAUCAUCAGAUUAUCUCCUAUACCAGCUAUGGCCUCUGCUCGCCGCUUAAUCUGCUCAACAUCUGGCUCAAUUGCUUUACAUCAUUGUCAGGCUGGUCACAGAACGCGAAUCUGUUGUAUCUGCUGGACAGAAUGCUGUGCAUUUCGUACCAGUUCCCCGACUGUCGUGCCCAGGCUGUGGAAUUCUUUUACAACUUUUACAAGGAUUGCAGCGAGUGGAAGACACCCGCCAAGUCAUCCGCCCUAAAGGCGUUCUUUGGUAAUCAAUCGUCCGCUUCGCGCAUACCUCUGAUCUCGCCACAGAACUGCUGGUUGAAUCUGGUACUGCUGGAGAUAGAGUUUCGGGUGGUGGACACGCGCAUCUGGCCGGAGCUCCUGCGCCAGGUCUCUGUUCAACCUAUGGAGGCGGCUCUCAAGAAAACACUGUCGCUUAGCAAGACAAACGCCUUUCCCGCCAACCAAUUGGUUGUCUUUAAGUACGCCCAACUCCUAUCCAGCAUGGAAAUCAACCAUCCGUUCUUUCCCAUCGUCUGCCAGAAGUUCUUCGAACUGUAUCUGUGGCGAGUACCCAGCGAGGGCCAAACGCUAAAUUUCAGCCAUAAUUUCGGGGUCUCGGACAAGUUCUACGAGCACAAUGUCCCCCUGAUGAAGAGCAUCAAGGGACAGCUGAAAUCCGCCGAGUCGUACUACGCGGCCCUAGCCCUCAAGUCUGCCAGUGACGAUUCGCUAGCUCAUUUCUAUCGCAGCUGCUGCAAGCUCAUGCAAAACUGUGUUCUCUGGCUGGAGGAUACGCAGAUCAAUCGAUUCACCAGUGACGCCGAACAGCUGCCGGCUCAGUACAACUCCAUUAAGCUGCGAGAGCUACUUGGCGGCCAUGUCAACCAUUGGACGGAGUUCCUGUACCUCGUCACGCUGCGCAAGGAGCAGCGCCAUCAGGCCGAUCAGUGGGGCCGCAAAGUGUUUCGUUUGCCCAACCAAAAGCCGCCACGGAGUCCGGUGCACCUCAGGCCCCGACUGUCGGCAUCGCAGAAUAUCAAAAGCCUUUUGAGUACCUAUGAGAAAGGCGUUCCAAUUCCAGGACACUGCCGCUGCAAUCCGGUUCAAGCGCCACCCGUUGAUGGAAACAUUCUGAUGCAGCUUAAGAAGCUCCUUGGGAUAUUUAAUUCGACUGCCAAAAACUAUCAUUAUAUGACCUCGGAGCUGAACUCGCUGAACCUCAACUACCUGGAGGACGUGCCAGCAAUGUACCAGAUGGUGCCCUACGAGGAGACCAGGCGCAAGGAAUGCAGCUCCAUGCUCUUUAAUCGCAGCUGCACGUCUCCCGUUCAGCUCACAUUGAGGCCAGAGCACAUUAGACGAAACGAGCAGAUAUUCCGCAAGCAGCAGUUGAACAGGGAGCGGCAUGAGAAGCGUCUGGAGGCACUUUUGCUGGCGGCCAACGUGGAUGCCUUUGCACAGUCCAUCGAGCAGUUCGGCCUGUGUAUUGGGGCGCUGCUGCAAGCGCCGAGUGGCAAGAGGGUAACAGAUCUGGGUGUGGCCACGUUCUACCAUAUGGUGGAUUGCCUCAACGAAGUGACGAUGCACUUCCAGCCCACCCAUGAUCUCUACUUCCAAGUGAUGGAGCAGCUGGGAGUCUUUCUGCAAGCCGACCAGGAUGCCCAGGGAUUAUCGGUGCUGAAACUGGCCCUUCAGCGUUCCGAUCUCCUCGAGCUGCUGGCCGGAGUCUUUGUGCCUUCUCGAACGGACGUCGAGCACUUCCUGCCCAUGUACCAGUUUCUCAUCGACUCUCAUCUAAAGCGCUGCGACACCAAAACCGUCUUUGUCCUGUUCUCCAAGUUCGAUUUGCUCUGUUGGCUGGAGACCUAUCAGCCGAAGCUGAGCGAGGUCAACCGCCUGCUUCUGCUGGUUCUGCAGGGCCUGGAGGCCUGGUCCCAGCCACACUCUAGCCUGCUGCAAGAUCAAUUCCGUCGCCAUUUGGUGCACAUAUUCUGCUACGACUUCCCCCAGCACUACGGGGAGGUAAUGCAACUGGUGCUGGACCGCAUCUCGGAUCAGAAACUGAUGCCCUUGGUGCUGGUCGAUCUUCUGAACGCUCUCUUUGCCACUUGCAAUUGCCAGGGGCUCGCUGUGGACCAAUUGGAGGUGCGGGUGCACGAACUGUCGCUGGAUUUUUCACGGCGCCAGAAGCUGUUUACCCUAAAGGCCGCCACGGAUACUUUGUUGCUGUUUUCUAGGCACUUCCAGAAGGAACGGCUUCACCAUGGUCUGCACGGAUUGUAUCCCAAGCACAAGGACUAUUGCCAGUCGCUGGUUCUGUGGUUCACCUGCUUUGGUCAUGUGCUGCUAUCGUUGGCUAUUUGCAGCUAUCAGGAGCUACUGGCUGAUCAGAUCAGCGACAUUGUGUUCGGCUCCAUUGUGGAGACCUACGGUCCUUGGCUGAUCCCCUACACUGAACAGACGGCCAGUGGAGUGGCCCACUGGAUACGCCAGCUUACACCCGGCCAGACCAAGGUACUUCUGCCUUGGAGCGAGCAGCAAGUGAGCAGCAGCAAACUUAUGAUUCGCUCGUUCACGGCCACCAUCAUCCAAGUGCUGCAGUAUUUGCCUUCGUCCAGCAUGAUCUUAGAGCAUGUGUUCGCCUGGUACGUGCACCACUUCGCACAGCCCAAUAUGGCCGGUCAUGUGCUAGCCCCCAUCCACGAGGGUCUGGCCCAACUGCCCUGGGAACGCUUUCUGCCACCUGCCAAGCAUAUCGAGCUGUUGUACGAGAGCCUGCAGCGCUUUAUGCCCGAAUCGCAUGCGAUGUUGGGCCACAUCUUCAUACGAAUCGACUGGAACAGCUGGUUCGCCCAGAUGCCACAGCCGGUGGCGGUUCUGUCGCGACUCUUUGGCAUCUUCGUAAAGAUGGCCUUUGAGCCCAACAUUCACAUACAUCCGAACACGAGCAAAAUCCUAGAGGAGGCCAUCCAAUACCCCUGGCAUCUGGUCGAAUACAGCGAGUUGGAGCAGCUGUUCAAAUGGUUUGUGGCCAGCGUGGAGCCCGCCAUUGUUCUGAAGUUACCAUCAGAGAGCAACUAUGCAGAUCGUGCUGUCUUAGACCUGCUACGUCUGGCCUGCGCCAUGCUGCCCGAGCGGUCCGCACAAGAUGCUGUAGUUCUGGGAACUGCCAAACGCAUGAUGUAUACCCGCUCCAUGGUCCGGCUGCAGCGUGCCUGCGGGGCCAAGCACAAGAAACUGCUGGCUACCAAAGAGGGGGAGCGUGCCUUCACCGAUGCCUUCCUGGAGCUGUUGAACAGCAUCGAUCGGGCCAUCAGCAGCUGUAGCGAGCAGCGCACGCCCGAGGAACAGCGCCGCGAAGCUCUAAACCUUAUGCUUGAACUGGUGGCACCCACACAGACGCAGAGUCUAGAAGUUUCCAUUCUUCACAUUAAGGCACUGGUGUGCUGGCAGCAGCAGUGUGCGCCGGGCAACCUGGUCAUGUGUUCCGCCCUGCCCGCUAUUGGACUUUUGAACACGUACAUUGCCAGUAUCUACAGCCUGCUGGAGUCCAGUGUGGAGAGCUACUUCCGCACAUCGACCGAGUCCGCUCCCUGGCAUGCCCCCAGCUGGCAAGGACUGUUCGAGGCGUUGAGCAUGUCACUGCCAAAGCUCGAACUGAUGCCCAUUAUGCAGGGCAGCUACUUCUUUUCGCUGCACGUCUUUGUCCUGUACAAAAUGGAGGAAAUCGCCACGGAUGGAGACAAGGUUACGUUCCUGCAGGACCUCAGCCAACUGCUGGACAACCUGAAGACGAGCCCGCUAACCGAACCGCGUCUGGCCCUCGUCUGGGGCGCCAUCAUUUCGCGCGGCUCCCAAAUACUUCAGGUUAAUCCAUACGUGAAGAAACCACUCCAUAUGCUGGCGCGUCACCUGCAGAUCGCCUCCACAAAGGCCGAGGGUUGGGGUGAUGGACUGUUGGGCGUCAUUGGGCUCAGGUCAGAGGUCAUAACGAACAGGCGAAAAGUGUUGACCCGCUGCCUGGCCUGCGUCGUAUUCUCGCUGUGCCCGGCCAAUCGUGAACUUCGACUGCCCUGCGAGGAAUACGAGAGCGGCAUGCGUGAGCUCUCCAUGCUGCUGGCCAACAAGAGGUUUGCUGACGUCAAACCCUUGAUUGUGCGUGCCAUCAGCCUGCUCAAGGAGCAUUUCCUGCCGGAGGCCCGCGCUGUUCCCCAUUUGGUCUGUCGCCUGAUUGGCAUCUUCUACGAGCAGAGCUACCUGACAACCAUUCCAGAGGUCUGGGACUUUGACUUUCGCCUGAAUGCAGCAGCAUAGCUCUCCCUUAACAAUUAUCAAUCCCAACAGCCAGUUGUGUUAUUUUCUAUGGGCUUUUUAUUAUUAUAUAUAUGUAUAACUAGACUUAGGACACAUAAAGUGAUUGAUUUUUGCAUUACGAAUGCUCCGUAUGGAUAUCCAA